CGACGCCGCAUUCAUCCCCCAUUUUCAGACUACGAGAUGAGUGCAUAAGGGUGUGCAUUGCAGCCCGUAUCGGUAUCCGUCUGAAUUGAAUCUUCCGCGCCUCAAUCCUCGAAACUUGCAUCCGAACAUCUGUAUCAUACCGAGAGAGCGCAUCCGCUUCAGAGAAAACCCAAUCCCGCAGCCAUGGAUAUUCACCGCUGUCGAUUCGUUUCCUACAACCCCCAGGCGAUUAACUCGCUUGCCUUCUCGCAUCCCCCCUCCGCAGAUCUUGCCGGACGAGGUGUCCCUACCCUUCGACUCGCAAUCGGUCGUGCGAACGGCGACAUCGAAAUAUGGAACCCGUUGCGAGGAGCCUGGUUCCAGGAGACCGUGCUACGUGGAGGAAAGGACCGAAGUAUCGAAGGCUUGACUUGGACUCAAGAUCCUCAUGAGGAUGGUCCUUCGGGUUCCAAGCUGCCGGGCAAACUGCGCCUGUUCAGCAUUGGCUACUCUGCGGCCGUUACGGAGUGGGAUCUUGAGCAGGGACGCCCGCUGCGCCACUCGAGUGGAAACUACGGUGAAAUUUGGUGCCUUGCUGCUCAGCCGCAGUGGCAGCCUACCAAGAGAGGCGCAAAUGGAAAAUUCCUCCCUCCCGCUGAGGGUGAGUAUCUCGGCCAGCAUUUGGCGGCCGGCUGUGCAGAUGGAUCAAUUGUGAUCCUGUCAACGGAAGACAACGACCUGAGAUUCCUUCGUUUGAUGCGCCCAUCCACAAAGAGAGCCCGAGUUCUCAGCGUUACCUUCCAGAACCGAAACACCAUCGUCGCGGGCUAUGCUGAUAGCUCUAUUCGUAUAUUCGAUAUCCGGAACGGCCAACAACUGCGGACAAUCUCGCUUGGAAAGGGACCGACCGGUGGCCCGAAGGAGUUGCUGGUUUGGUCUGUCAAGUGCCUGCCCGACGGCACGAUUGUCUCUGGAGAUUCUGCGGGUGAGAUUCGGUUCUGGGAUGCCAAGAACUACUCCCUUAUUCAGCGGAUUCAGAGCCAUCUCGCCGAUGUUCUUGAUGUGGCUGUGAGCGCGAAUGGCGACACUGUCAUCAGUGGUGGCGCAGAUCAGAGAACAGUGGUUUACCGCAAGAAGGACGUUGAGAAGGGUGAUAAGAAGAGCCGCUGGGCAGAGGUUAUGCAUCGUCGAUACCACUCCCACGAUGUGAAGACAUUCGCCGUUUACGAGACGAAAGAGAUCAGCAUUGCCGUGUCUGGAGGCCCCGAUGCGACACCGGUUGUUCUUCCCCUCCGUGAAUUCGGCAAAGAACACCACCGCAAGCUCUCCAGUCUGCCGCAGAUCCCUCAGCUUACUUCCGCAUCUUCUUCUCGCCUAGUGAUGAGCUUCUGGGACCGAGAGGUCAGCCUCUGGCGGGUCUCUCGAGGCCCUGCCUCUUUGAAUGAGAAUAUUGAUGGCCAGAGGCAUAGGCUUGUUGCGAAGGUGAUGAUCCAGGGUGAAGAAAAUAUUACUUCUGCUAUGCUGUCACCAGAUGGCAAGCUGCUUGUCGUCGCUACGAUUUCCGACGUUAAGCUGUUCACUGUUCGCCGACGCAAGGGCGAUGAGAAGGGUGCUUUGCGCAUCCAGAAGAUCGAAGUUCCCAAGUCUCUUUCUGGAGAUGGCGCCCGUCUAGUGACCAUCUCCGCUGAUAGCCGAUGGAUUUGCAUCGUUCGUCCUAACAGCGGUGUCUAUAUGGCUCGCAUUACAUCGGCCUCUUCAACGGCUGACAAGCCCGAAGUCACACCGCAGCUUGCCCUUCUCAAGCGUGUCAAGCGUCACACGCGACACGAGAAGGCUUCCCAUGGUACCUUGGGUGAUUACGAAAGAGUGGUCCGGUCCGCCGUGUUCUCGGACGACAGCAAGAUCUUGGCUGUUGCUGAUCUUUCAGGAUGUGUUGAUACCUGGGUUCUGUAUCCUGUUGUGGAUUCGGCUGCCAACGGCCACGCCAAGGCUAAUGGUAUCUCCAAGUCCGGUGAUGAUUCAUCUGAUGACGAGGAUGAAGAGGAAGAUGUUAUCUUCGAGGGCGAACGGUGGCAAAUCGCAGCUUCGGAAUCCCCGAUACCCCGAAUGAAGGCUGGCGUCACCUUCUUGUCUUUCCGUCCUCAACAGUCUUCUCCCAAGUCACUGACCAACGGUAACAGCCCGACGAGCUCCUCAACAGGAGAGGACCGCUUGAUGGUUGUUACUAGCGAGCACCAACUCAUUGAAUUUGAGGCUCGCAGCGGCAAGCUGUCCGACUGGUCUCGACGCAAUCCUAAGGCUUAUCUUCCAGCAGAGUUCCGGGGUGUUAAGGACCGUGCUAUGGGCUGCUUGUGGGACCUUUCCGAGGGCCGGGAGCGUGUCUGGCUCUAUGGAACUUCGUGGCUGUGGAUGUUUGACAUGCUGCAAGAUUUCCCCUCCCCGGAGGAAUUCAAGGCCGCGGAUGAUGAGGCCUCCCAGCAACUUGUCAAGGCCUCGAAGCGCAAGCGUGAUCCGUUUGAGGAGGACGAGAAGGACCGCAAGAAGCCUAACAGCGGUGCUGGUGACAAGAUCUCUCGUGCUCAGAUGGAAACUCACCUUGGAACCAAGGUGCGCAAGAUCACUGGCAAUGAUGAGUCUCAGGGUGAGUGGAUCUCGCUUGACCAAGAACGCUCGCGUAAUCCCGAGGAUGACGAGGCUUACGAGUACGACGAAACAUUCGCUGCAACCAAUCAAGCCGCCCUGGCCCGUCUCCGACGUGAGGACGGCACUGCUGUGGAACUUGGAACUCCUCAGAAGAGCUCCAAGGGCAAGGUCAAUGGGGUUGCCGACACUCCCAAGAAGCAGCUUGUGGCGGCCAACGGCACUACCUCCCAGCCUCCACGCCGCUGGUGGCACACAUACAAGUACCGUGACAUUCUUGGAAUCGUCCCCCUCUCGGGCGACGAUUUGGAGGAGGACCAGAGCCCGUCCGGAAUCCUGGAAGUGGCUGUGGUGGAGCGACCGAUGUGGGAUGUCGAGCUGCCUGGUCGCUACUUGAGGGAUUAUGAGUAA